AUGCGCGUCGCCGCCGGCAAGAUCGCCGAGGAUCUGAUCGCGCUGUUCGGUCUGAUGCCGAGUCGCUACGUCUGCUCGCCGAUGAGACGGAGCAUCAACGCGAAUCUCGAGCUGGCCGAGGUGAACAACGACAGCAACGAGAACAGGCGAUAUCCGCCCGUCGAAGAUUGCUUCGCGGUCGCCAAACCGCACACUGUUCUCUGCGCCAGCAGAAAGUGCCAAGACCCUUUGGAGAAACUCACCGAUAUCUCGCCCGAGAAGGACAACGUCGAGCACGCCGCGUCCUGCAGCAGUCGGGCGGACGACAUCAUCGAGGAGAACAUCCACGAUCUCACGAAAAUGCUCGACCCGAAGUACAUUAUCGAUCGGACCCACGUGAUCGACUCCAACCACAACAUCGACAAGAUUCGAAACUUGAAAUACCUGCUGGACCCGACCUUCAACAAGAUCAGGCAUCUUCGGCGACUGAAUCAUAAGCGGAUAAACAGCAAGAACUUUCCGCUGAUCUCCGAGCCAAAGUUUAUAUCCUAUCAGAACUUGAAGAGCGACGGACCGCACAGCAGUCGCAGAUUUUUCCAACUGAACGCGCUAUCAGACCCGAUGUUGAGCACCGACACACCCGGAGUGGAGACGAAGGACUUCGACGAGGCGAUGUGCCGUGGCAACGGUCAGAGACGAAAUUCGAAUCUGUCGUCCAUGUCGGAUUCCAAUCUCAAAUCCGCCACGACGCACACUUGCGACGCAAACAUAAAGCCAUUCCCGACGAGCGGAAGCGGCGACGAGGAUCACGGCUACUCCGUCCAGAAUCUCAAUCACGGAUUCGAGGGCGCGUUAGCCAGGCACGCGAUAAUGCUCUACAGGCAGAUCGAGGAGCAGCGAAGAGCCAGCAAAACCACCUCGCCGCAUCCGCGACCGAAGUUCCGCGGCUUCGGGCGCGUGAGUCCGAACUUGAAGCUCAAGCUGAAGACCAGUCCGGCGUCUUCUUCAUCGGCGCCCAACAGCGCCCUGCCGAGUUCCGAGGCGAGCACACCGAGGCGCAGCGCGUCGCCGAGCGUGCCGCACGUGACCAUCACGCCGAACAAGUUGGCGAAUCUCAUCAACUUGGAUCCACCGUCGUCGAGAGGCGCGUCCGCGCAUCACCGAGCGGACCUUACUGCCAGAAAUGUGAUGCAAACUCGCAAAAACCUGGACGUCCUGAGGCACUCCGAGUCGAUAAACACGAUCGAUCCGCACCGCGUAAUUCUACUCGAACCCUGCAACUUGAUGGACACCCUGAUGGUUCCGACGAUACACUCCGAACCUCCCAGUCCCAUUGAGCCUCUUCCCGCGGCCUCACUUCAGAACGAGGAGACUCAGAGUCUCGAGAUCCCGCGCGACGUCGCCAUCGACAUUGCGACGCAACGCGCGAAGUCACCUCUAGGUAAGAGAAGCAGCCCCGUGAGACACUCGGAUCCGGUGAUACCCACCGUGCUGCUGAACAUCGAAGACUAUAGCGAGCCGUCCGAACAACAGAAUGAUAAUAAUCAGAGCCACGAUCUUCCAUCCAGCAACACGCCGAUGUUGGAGCCGAUCGAUCUGUUCGAGGCGCUGCUGAAAAACUCGGACAAAGGUAGAGACGUAAGACUGCCCGAUCCAAUCUUCGCCGAACACGAUUCGACUAGAUUCAGUUCGAGGCGACCGUCCGACUCGAAGUGGUCGGAAUCGUCGAGAAGUCAGGAGAUUCUGUCGAGCGUGACGGAACGUGACCUAACAUUUCCGUCGUCCUAUUCGGUCAACGAUUUCCAAACGUGCAACAGCAGUAGUGAUCUCAACGACGUCACGUCCCUGGACCCGUUCAUGUGUCCGGACGCUUUGUCGUCGUCGCUGCGCGAGUCGUUCUUCAGCGCGCCGUCCGUACCCGACUCGGACAUUUUCACGUCCUUCGAAGAUAGCGACGGGGCCCCGGUCCUUACGCCCGACGUCUUCACGCCCGAUUCCGAACGCGACAACUCGUCGGCGUACAAUUCGAUGUCGACGGUGAAUCUCCGACGAUGCGUGAUCGAGGCGGCUUUGCAGAGCAGAUCGACGGAGUCGGUCCAUCGCGCCGGAUACCCGUCGACGCGAUCCUGCGCGAUCCUCCGACUCGAGCCGGAGGUGCACUCGAGCAAGCUGCGUGUUCGACACUGCGGGAAUUACAUCCUGAAGGACCCGCCGGUCAAAAGGAAUCCGCAACUUGCGCCCCUCGCCAUCCCCACGCCUACCGACAUUUGCACCCCGACGUUCGACGUCGUGUCGGAGAUCAAGAGCGACAACGGCGUCGGCGUCAGAGUGUGA